AUGGGUAUAGAAGAUCAACUUUCUGUCGAGGAGUCGACUGAACCCCCUAUAUGUGGCUACACCAAUGCCGCAACGGGAACUCCACCUGGUCACAGAAACCAGGACACAACAAUUACUAGUAUUGACAUAGUUGACAUUCCAAACCAACUACCCCGCGAGAAACCCGCCUCCCCUUCCGCAGGUGAGAAUCAUCCCGAGCCCCACACUCUAGCAGUUGAGGAUCUAGAACAGCUUCUCAAGACCAACAUCAAGAAUGGCCUCGACAGCAGUGAAGCAAAUCGUCUGUUGGCGCACUAUGGGCCAAACAAGGUGGAGGGAGCUAAAGGGCUAUCCAUGUGGAAGAUUCUCUUGAGACAGGUAUCCAACAGCUUAACUAUGGUCCUCAUUCUCGUCAUGGCACUGUCUUUUGCCAUCAGUGAUUUUGUUGAAGGUGGCGUUAUCGCCGCUGUCAUUCUACUCAAUAUUAUUGUAGGAUUUAUUCAGGAUUAUCGCGCCGAGCAGACUAUCCAGUCUUUAUACGCACUAUCCGCACCGACAUGCAAGGUUAUUCGCUCCGAACAAAUCAUUACCAUCAAAGCCGAAACACUUGUCAAGGGUGACAUCAUCUUACUAAACGUUGGCGACAUCAUUCCGGCGGAUCUCCGAUAUAUCGAAGGCUUAAAUUUGUCCACUGAUGAGGCAUUAUUGACUGGGGAAUCUCUACCAAUCAGCAAACACCCUGAAGUGGUCUUGAAUGAUGCCAGCAUACCCCUUGGAGAUCGCGUAAAUAUGUUAUAUUCAGCAAGCACUAUAACGCGUGGGAGAGGGAAAGGUAUCGUCGUCGCCACGGGUAUGAGUACUGAGGUGGGGAAAAUCGCCCAAUUACUCCGAGCAAAUCCGAAUCCGAACAACGAUGUUACCUAUAUGGGCGCAUAUUGGAUACGCGUAAAGGCUACUACGCGAAACAUUCUUGGUUUAGACGGAACACCACUCCAAGUAAAGCUAAGCAAGUUUGCUUUGCUUCUUUUCGCCUUCGCAAUCCUCCUUGCUGUUAUCGUCUUUUCUGCUAGUCUCUGGAAUAUCGAUGACGAGGUUCUUAUCUACGGUAUCUGUGUUGGUGUUGCAGUCAUCCCCGAAUCUCUCAUUGCCGUCUUGACCAUUAGUAUGGCUGUCGGGACAAAGGCAAUGGCAAAGGGCAAUGUCAUUGUGCGGAAACUAUCCGCUCUCGAAGCUGUUGGAGGAGUGACCAAUAUCUGUUCAGACAAGACGGGUACUCUAACACAAGGCAAGAUGAUUACGAAAAGGAUUUGGCUUUGCGACGGCUCCACUGCUUCCGUUGAAGACUGUACUAACCCACUUGACCCCUCCAGUGGGAACGUUAUCUGGGGAAGUGACAAAUCCAAGUCUACAUACGAAGUGGAGAAAAAUUCAAAAUUGCCUUUUGGCGCGAGGAAAUUUAUAGAAUGCCUUUACUUAUGCAAUAACGCUACUGUGACGGAUGGGAAGCCAGCAUCUACCGAUGACGCUACCGAUGAUGUUACCGAUGAUGCCGCCGAAACCUCAACUACUUCGACUGUCGAGGUCUCGAACUGGACGGCGGUAGGUGAGCCUACGGAAAUCGCCCUUCAUGUUUUCGCGAUGCGGUUCGGCAUAAGCAAAGCCACCGUCUCCGACAUCAAGGGUACAUACCUAGUUGCGGAGCACCCAUUUGAUUCCUCCUGCAAGCGCAUGACUGUUAUAUACUCGUCACCAGAAUCUACGCUAGUCGAUGUCUAUACCAAAGGUGCAGUUGAAGUCAUGCUGCCACUACUAGAUGCAUCAGACAACCUCAAAGCCGAAUUCACUGCUAAAGCAGAAACGCUUGCUGCAGAAGGCCUUCGGGUCCUUUGUAUCGCCCAUAAGACUAUGGAGUAUAGUACCGCCGUCAAAGAUGCGCGCGAAGCUGCUGAGAGCAACCUGAUACCGCUAGGCCUUGCUGGUCUAUAUGACCCUCCCCGGCUAGAAACGGCCAGCGCAGUGAAGCGGUGCAAAGUCGCAGGUAUUUCGGUUCACAUGCUUACCGGCGAUCAUAUUAAGACAGCAACUGCUAUCGCACAUGAGGUCGGUAUCUUAAGUAAUCUAAGUACCACCGAAGCAGCCAACGCUACUGUGCCCGCCUCUACCUUCGACGCCAUGACCGAUACUCAAAUUGACCAGUUGGAGAAACUACCGCUCGUGAUAGCCCGUUGUAGUCCAUCAACGAAAGUUCGGAUGGUUGAAGCAAUGCAUCGCCGCGGUGCGUUUUGUGUUAUGACUGGCGACGGAGUCAAUGAUUCUCCUGCUUUGAAAAAGGCGGAUGUUGGUAUUGCGAUGGGUCUGAACGGUAGCGAUGUAGCCAAAGAAGCUGCAGACAUGGUUCUGACUGACGACAACUUUGCUUCCAUCGUAACAGCUGUUGAAGAGGGAAGACGUCUCUUCGACAAUAUUCAAAAGUUCCUCCUUCAUCUCUUAGUCUCGAAUAUUGCUCAAGUCAUCUUACUUCUCAUCGGUCUCGCGUUUAAGGACGAAGCCGGCAAAUCGGUAUUCCCGCUCUCACCCAUCGAGAUCCUAUGGGCGAAUUUGAUUACUUCAUCCUUUCUAGCCCUUGGACUUGGCCUCGAGGAAGCUCAACCAGAUAUAAUGUUACGACCACCACGCAGUCUACGUGUGGGCAUCUUUACGUGGGAGAUAAUCCGCGAUAAGAUGGCAUAUGGCCUAUUCAUGGGUUCUCUAUGCGUUGCGGCCUUUACGUCAGUCAUUUACUCGCCUAUAGAGGAUACGUAUAACAGGCCACCGUGGCAUCCCUCACUAGGACUCGACUGCAAUGCGGUUUAUACAUCAUCCUGUGAUAAUGUUUAUCGGGCCCGUGCUACGACAUAUGCCACGCUUAGUUUCCUCCUACUUCUUACAGCUUGGGAAGUCAAACACUUCACUCGAUCCUUGUUCAAUAUGUAUCCGGAAUUAUAUCAUGGGCCAUUCUCUAUUUUCAAGACAGUUUGGAAAAACAAGUUUCUUUUCGCUGCUGUUCUCGCAGGGUUCGUCGUCACAUUCCCAGUCAUAUAUAUACCCGGCCUCAACACCACAGUGUUCAAACACCAAGGAAUUGGAAUCGAAUGGGCCAUCGUGGCCGGUUGUGUUGUGAUGUAUAUCAUAUUGGUGGAACUGUGGAAGGCGGGGAAACGUCGAUUUUUCAAGACCACCGUCGCUUACGACCAAUCUGCUACUCGAGGGGUCUAG